UAUUUUUCAGGUUGGCCAUCUCACAACAACUUACAUUCAGAACCAGCUGACCAAAAGAAACAUGAGUGUCUCACAUUAUCAGAUCAGUACAAAGACACAUCUAAUGGCAGAACAACUCUUGAUUAUUUCUUUUGGAAAGCAGACCUGUGCAGGAAGCCUGGCAGUAUAAAUUUCAUUUGCCAA